AUGUUUGCCUUUGCACUCCAAACUAUCAAAAUGGCCCCUCAACGCAACACUACCGCCUCCAAGGCCUCCAAGACUUCCGUGGACGACUUCAAGCCGUUCAACCUCGAGGACCUGUUCCCUCCCUAUGGCUCUGAGGCUGCGCUGAUGCAGACUGCCCAGAACUACGCCAAGGAGACCCUCGCCUCGAUCUACUUCGACCUCAACGCCUACAGUCACUUCCAGCGGGAGGCAAACCCAGAUGAUUUCUAUUCUAUGCAGGUGAUGGACAACCUGGUCAAUAACACGGUGUCAUUCAUGGAAAAGGAAUUUGCUAACUACUCGGGCGGUGUGAAGAAGGUUCAGAAGGAACAAGGUGAGUCCCAGUAUCUGUCACCCGAAAACAGAUUCUAUGCUACUAUCACUGAGAUUGGAUGGAAGAUGACUGCCAUCUGCGCCCACACCGAGGCCUUCCGUCGUGCAUUUAGGGAGGCAGACCACAGGCUCUGGGGAUGUCUUCUCCAGGGCAUCCAAACUAAAUCCCUGAGCAUCGAGCACUAUGCCCACUGUCGAGCCCUGGACUGGAUCAGCCUGAUCAAGAACGUAACCGGACCCACCCCAGGUCUACCAUCGGUCCAGGAAGCUGUAGCGAGCGCCCUGAAAUGGGACAUUGACCACCCUCAUCACACAGUUCUCACCCUAGAUGGCGGCCUGAAGCGCGCCGAGUUUAACGGCCAGCUCCAGACGAACAUCAAGGAGAGCAGCUACAGGGAAUGCUUCCACGAAGACCCCACCGCCAAAUCAGAUGAUACCUCUUCAGGUGGCUGUAUCCUCUGUGGGAGCGAGGAAGUCUGCGGAUGCAUCCUGCAAUCUCGGGCAGGAGAGCUGGUCGAGCUGGCCGAGUUCCCGGGUGUUGGCACCGGAGUUCGAACCCUGACAACCUUUGAUCGCAGGGACAUCCUUGAUGUUUACGUUGGUGAGCUUCGACCGGAAGUUGAUAUGGAUACUGUGUACCCCCUAAGCCAGAGCUGUGAUGGAAGUGAAGCAAACCACCUGGCCUACGUUUGCGCCCACAAAUCAGGUAACUGGACCCGAUUCAUUAACCACUCUUGCCAGCCUUCAACGCAAUUCGUGGUUCGCACAAUUGGAGACCGCGUUGUAACUACCAUUGAAGCAAUCCGGUAUAUCGGCCCCUUUGAGGAACUUACCAUCGAUUAUGGCGCAGACUACUGGCAGACUCGCGAGUGCGCUUGUGGCCAUUGGAACUGUAUUAGCAACCCGAGCAGCCCGAGUGGGAGCCCCCUGCCGCAAACCAAGGUCCUCAGCGGUAAGAUCACUAAGAACAAGAGCUCCAAGGGCAAGAAGACCACUAGCAAGAGCAAGAAGGUCAAGGGCACCAAGGGUGCGAAGGGUACUAAGGGCAAGAAAUAG